AUGCCUCUCGGUAUAUUAGAAGACCGGAAGCUCGAGCACGUGCCGGGAACAGCUCCCCUCAAUGAAAUUGGACGUGAGGACUCCGAGAUUGCUGGCGUUGACGCCGGUUUACUGAAGCACGAUGCCUCUGGCGAGAUCAUUCUCGUGCCACAGCCAUCGGACUCGCCCAACGACCCGUACAACUGGCCAAGAUGGAAGAAGGAAGCCUUCACCUGGGCAUUCGCGUAUGGUUGCGGAUGUGUUGGAGCCGUUGGUCCUCUUUUGGGCGCUGCAUUCGUCCCACUUGCGAAAGAGUGGGACACCGACCUGACAACUUUCAUCUCCGGUGCUCAGGGUGGUGUCAUUGCUACCAUCGCCGGUGGCUCGCUGCUGUGGAACACCUUGGCUGUCAAGUACGGCAAGCGACCAGUCUACCUCAUCACCAGCGUUGGCCUCGCCGUCACCUGUUUCUGGGCCGCUGCCGCUAAUACCUUUGGCAACUUCGUCGCUGCUCGCGUCGUACAGGGUCUGUGCAUGUCUCCUAUGGAGGCAUUGAUCCCCGCCUCAAUCGCCGAUAUCUGGUUCGUCCACGAGCGUGGCUACCGCACUGCCAUUUUCAACCUCGGUGUGCUCGGCGGUAUCAACCUGGCUACACCGAUCGCUGGUGCUAUCAUUGAGGCCUCGGGCUGGCGCACCUGUAUGAACGCUAUGGGCGGGGCUUUUAUCCUGCAGCUCAUUCUCACCUUCUUCUUCAUGCCCGAAUCGGCGUUCGACCGCACCGGCACCAUCAACAUCGAUACCGGAAAGAAGAAUGUCGUCACCGACAAGAUGAUCGAUUCCGAGCACGUUGAGCAAGACGAGAAGGGCGCCGCCUCCACGACCACUGCUACCCACAGUCCCCCACAGCUCAGUGCCAGCGAGCCAAAAAUGUCCUUCUGGCAGGAGAUGAAGCCAUGGUCUGGUUACGUCCAUCACGUUUCCAUCUGGGAUACAUGUGUUCGACCAUUCUUCCUUCUGGCAUCUCCUGCGGUCGCCUGGGCUACUCUACUUUUCACGACCUGUAUCUCUUGGCUGGUUGGAAUCUCCAUCACGCUCUCCCAGAUCUUCUCGGCACCACCCUAUAACUUCUCCGUCCGCUCUGUCGGCGCCACUAACCUGUCAUCUUUCGUGGCCUCUGUCCUCGGCACACUCGUCGCCGGCCCACUGAUCGACGGCAUCGUCAAGCGCAUGUCUAAGCGUAACAAGGGCAUCUUCGAGCCUGAGUUCCGUCUGCCCGUCAUGGUCACUUACCUGCUCUUCACGGCUACUGGUUUCUUCGGCUGGGGUCAAUCCGCCUAUGCUCAAGAGCCAUGGGCCGUUCCCGUCGUGCUCUGCAUGGGCAUCAUCAACUUCGGCAUUCAACUUGGCACGACUGGUGUCGUUGCGUACGUUGUCGAUUGCCAUCGUGAGCAGGCUGGCGAGGCAUUCGCGGUCAUGAACUUCGUCAAGAACAUGUUCGCGUUUGGCAUGACGUUUUACAUCAACAACUGGAUCGCCAUUCAGGGAGUCAGGGAUUGUUUCUUCACGAUUGGUGGUAUCACGAUUGCGUGUACGUUGGUCACUGUCCCGAUGUACAUCUACGGCAAGCGCGCACGCAGCUUUGUCGCUCGCCACAACAUCGCGAAGAGGACUUCUUAG